GGUGGAAUGUUUUUCUCGUGCCCAAAUCCAAUCAGCUGGUCGACUGUCCAGGGUGCCCUUGCAACGAUUGGUCAAAGCGAUCAGGAGGGUGGGGUGAGAUGUCUAAGUAGGCGGGAUUUGCAUCGUUCAGGACAGCCCCCGUCCCAAGUCUGCCAUACCCCUUUUGAUUGUUUUGAGCGUGCUGCACGAAAGACUGUGAACAAGUGUGGAUGGAGCGAGAUAUCUCUCCCUUCCUUUUCUUUGGUUUGCAGAGUUAGAUGUGACUUUAUUCGUGUACACCAGCUCUCAGACUUCGUCUGCAUCCAGAGCAAGCACCAGGACGGGGAGACGAAGCAGGCAGCAGUGAUAUUUGUGCAGGACAUCUCGUGCGAAAGAGACCCAGACGACAGCCACCAUGUGUGACUGUUUUCACCUGGCGUUUCCCAACUGGCAUGCGUCAGCCACUGGCAAUGGGCACAGGCUCAGGGGUCCAGAGCAAGAAACAGAAGAAGAUUUGGUAUGUGAGGAGCCUGAAGUUUUAGAGGAGGAAAGACCUCGACCUCAGGGUUCCUCUCCUGUCGAGGAAUUUCCAACCACAGAGAAAUAUGUCAAACAGGCUGAGGGUGACUUCUAUGACUCGCCCACUAAGAGCUCCAAAAAAGGCAAGAAGAGUUUCGGGUCAAUGUUUGACAAGCGUUCCUCUGGCAAGAUGAAUAAAAACGAAGAAUCAGAAAUGAUAGUGAAGACAGUAAAGGGAGGCUGUGCUGAAGGUCUGGUUGUAAGUGGAGGGGGAAAGGAUGGUAUCUUUAUCAAGGAAGUAAAAAAAGAGUCACCCGCCUCAAAGCAUUUAAGUGUGAAAGAAGGUGAUCAAAUACUUAGUGCUACAGUAUACUUCGAUAAUGUAUCAUAUGAAGAUGCCCUCCAGAUUCUUGAGCAUGCUCAACCAUAUAAAGUGGAGUUUUGUCUAAAACGCAAACCGGCUCCAACAAGAACCCAAGAAGAUGCAGAGACAACGAGGCCGGGUGUAACCAUUGGUGAGGAGGCUGGGGAAGAAGACGAUGCAGGACCAGAAAUGAGAGGUCGGAGAAAGUCAAAAAAGCAACACGAUCGAAUUUCUUGGCCCAAAUUCCCUUCCUUUACCAAGGGACAAGGGGCGAAAUUCAAGAGAUCUCACAGCACCUCUGAAGCCGAGGAACAGAGGAAAUUAGAGAUGAGCCCUACGACGAGUGACACAGAGUCACCUCUUAAGUCUCCGUUAAAAUCUCUAGAUGAUAAAGACAAGAAAAAGAUGCACAAAAAGAAGCUUAAGAUGAGGAUGACAGGUCGCAGAAGCAAGUCUGUUGAAGAGACUCCCGAAAAUGCAGAAGAGACAGACGACGUGGAGGUUUUGAAUAACCAAAAUAUUAUGAAUAUAGAUGAAGAGCACAGCUUUCACGAGUCGGUGACUAAUUUGGUAGAGAUUCCAAAUAUGUUAGAUGAAGCUGAUAAGACUGAGUCUAUCAAAACAAGAAAUGAAUUUACGUACCCAACUUUGCCAGUGACAGAGUCACUGCAUAAGGCUGAGCUCAUCACCUUGGACAAUACAUUAAAGACUACAGAUAUCACAGCUGCUUUUGGGGAAGAAAGGAGGGAAAUAUCUGAAUUAAAGGUUAGUAUACAAGGCAAGGACAAAUCUGAAAUAGGAACAGACACCCAAUUGAAAUCUUUCUCAAGUGGGAUGGGAACUUCAGAUCCAUCAACAAUGAUCAGUGUCGUGGCCAGUCCCAACCUACUAUCGCAAGAUGAGGUAGUGGGGCAUCAAGUGGAUUCUGAUAUUAAGCUAGAAAACAAAGAGAUUUUCGAGAAGACCCAUGAGCUAGAAGAAACCGACAUGAACGUGCCUAAAACUGAUGUAGACAAAUCCCCGAUGACUGGCAGUGAUAAGGGAAAGAAAGAAAGAAACAUUCUUGAAACAGAAAUUUAUGGGAUUCGAACCAGAGGUCCACUGGCAGACAUAGCCAUAUCAAGUCAUUUCGCACCAAAUAGAUUUGACUUUACAUCAUCAGACCCUUUCGCUUUUGAGAUUAAAAGAGUCACUGACCCUCAGAAGCAAAGCACUUCAAGACCGGUUAUAUCCCAGCCAAAACCAAAUGCUCUGGAGUCACAAAGAGCAAAUACUGAUGCCAUUCUAGGUGAUCUUGGUAAAACAUCAAAGUUUGAACUGCCUAAGGUGGAUAUGUCUAAAUUUGAACACCAAGAAACAAUAACUAUUAAACAGAGAGACCCAACCAAAGCCCCUGUCCUAAACAGAGAGGAAAUAGAGAUUCCUGGAAGAGAGGACAAAAGGUCAAAAGACAAUUAUCAAUCUCCAAAAAUUAAAGAAACAAAAGUUGAGAAGAUAAUAAAAAUAUCUAAAGCAGGUCAUACUAAGAGGGUCCCUGAAGAGUUUAAUGUUGAUGAUGUAAAGGAAGCAGUAUCAAAAUUUCCAUCAUUUAAAUUACCUGAGAGAGACAUUACAGGGGUCCUUGUACAGAGAGAAGUCGCAAUGAUGGAAAUGAAGACUGGCUUGACACCUAAAGGAUCCCCUUGUAAAAUCUCAAGCAUUAGCACUGAAAUAGCAUAUGUAAGCCCUGGAAAGCCUGAAACGGUUAAAGAAGUAAAACAGACACCUUCUUCUAUUGUUACAAAAGAUGAAGUAAACAUAUUACCACAACCUGAACUCUAUCUGCAUGAUGAAACAGAUAUAAAUGAGAACAAAACAGGCCGAUCAAAAAAAGCCCAACAAUCCAAAACUGGCAAAAUGUUAUCAAGGGAUGGUAAAAUAAGUACUUCCCCUGAUGUUAAAGUUAAACUUCCAAAGCGUGAAGACAUUGAAAUACCAGGAAUGGAAGCAAAUGAGCAAAAAAUCAAAACAGAAGUAGGCACACAAGACGAAGCUGUGAAAGACUAUACAGAUGUAACUGAAAAGUCAAUUAUCAAACCACUCAGAAAAGGACAUGAAAAGAAAUCUAAGAAAGCAAAAGUGUCCAUGCCAAGUUUCGAAAUCGCGAAACCUGACAUUCGUAUCCCAGAUAUUAGAAUAGAGUUACCAAAAAAGGCCACCUCAUCUAAAAGUGACGACAUGAAGGAGAAGAUGCACCUUGAUGAAACAAAACAAAUGAUAGAGAGUGAUCAAAUGCAACAUUGUGAAGCUAGCACAGCUACUGUUACUAAAGUCCCAACCCAAGACAUAACUCAAGAUCUUAGGGCAUCUGAUAAUAAAGACGUGAAGAUUACUGAGCCAUCUCUGGCCAAGGCAGAAAUCACAGGUAAAGACACAAACAAAGACUGGGGUAAGAUAAAGAUGCCAAGUAUAGAUCUUUCUCUUCCAAAAGUAAAACUCACACUGACAGAGGGAAAGUCAAAGCAUAAGGAUACUGGACCCACAAAGCCUGAAACUGAUGCUAGUGUUGAGUUUAGCAAAGACCAAAAAUCCAGCGAGUCAGCAGCGCUCACUAAAGAAAGUGUUGAGGAUGUUGACACGAAGGUUGAGGAUGUAGAAGAUGUACAAGACGGGACAGGAUUGAUUGAGAUUGAUGGAAAAACUGAGGUGGAGCCGAAAGCAGAAAUGAAAGAAUCAGAGGUUAAAAUAAAGAAAAGAAAAAUUUCUUUUCCCAAGUUUGGAUUUUCGAAAUCAGAUAGUAAAGUGUCCGAUGCUGAAAAAUCUCACCCAACAGCAGAAGGCUCAUUAAAAGAGGGAGAUGCCGAUGUAACAGAAACAGAUGUUGAAAAUAAGACCAAGGAGGUAGAGGCUGAUAUAAAGGAUUCAACAGAUUCUCCAUCAAGAUUUAGACUCCCAACAAUUAAAUUUCCAAAAUUUGGGGUUUCAUUUUCAAAGACAUCCGAUGGUCAGACUAAUAUUCAAAUGCCUGAUGCCAGCACAGAGGAAACAACAGCACUACCUGACAUAAAAAGCCCAGAGAUUAUUAUUAGUGUUUCUAAACCGGAAUUGUCUUUGCCAGAAGGAAAAACAGAAAUAACAGAUAUUACCAUUCCAAAAGUAGAUGUUGAUUCAGAACAGAAAAAAGAAAUUAAAAUAUCUUCAGAACUUUCCCUUUCUAAACCAGAGGUUGGUCUGACUGACCAUGAGAUUGAUGGGGAGGUUAUAACUGUUGAAUUAUCAAAACCAGACAUCAAAGCUGUGGCAACUGAUGUCAGUCUUCCACAAGGUGAUUUCUCCAUUCAAGAAGGCAAAAUGGAAAUUAAAGAGCCCAAUGUGAGUUUCACUGUUUCAGAGGAUGAGGCUGAACAAAAAGAUCUAACAGUUGGCAGCACACAAAUAAAGUUUAAACUCCCCUCUAUCAACUUACCAAAGUUUGGAGGUAAAACAUCCAAGGUAGUAAAAGAUAUGCCAAUGAUAGAUAUAGAUGCUGAAGAACCUGACGUAAGACUUCCAGAGGCAGAAAUAAGCAUGGAACUAAAAGAUGAUGCACCACUGGGUGAAAUUAAGGAACCACGUGUGACCACAGAAGGUCACGAUGAAGGUCACAGUGUGGACAUGAAAGCUGAAGAUGUAAAGCCUAAAAAACAAGAGGGUACAUUUAAACUGCCAAAAAUUGGGUUUUCAAAGUCAGAUGUUCCGGCUUCCGAAGCUGUUUUGAGUCUUCCAAAAAUUGAUGCCUCCAAACCAGCAGAUAGCACUGAUUAUGAAGAAUCAAUCAAAGAGACAAAAGAGUCUAAUGCUGAGUCUGAACAAGAUGAAGAAAAACUCAAAGGAUCUCCGACAAAAUUUAAACUUCCGACAAUUAAGUUUCCAAAAGUUGGUGUCUCUUUAACAAAGACAGCAGCUGCUGACCAUGACAAUCAAAUUCCUGGAGUCACCAAAGAUAAACCUACCAUGGAAAUUAAAUUGCCUGAGGCUGAGUUGGCUGGAGAUUUGCCAUCAUUACCUGAAAUGGAAAGAUCAAACAUUAUUCUCAGUCUAUCUGAAGAAAAGCCUGACAAUGCUCAUUAUGAAAUGAAGACAUUAUCUACAGAACUUGCAAUUUCUAAACCACAUAUAAAGAUGGGCCUUGUAGACCAUGGUUCGGCUGAAGAGUCAGCUAUAGAAGAUUCUGUAGUUGAUACUUUAGUUACAGAAGAUGCAGACAUACCCGAAGCCAAAGAUAAAGAGAGUGAGACUAAGAUAAAGAAACACAAAAUAUCAUUUCCAAAAUUUGGAUUUUCCAAAGCUGAGACUAAGCACUUCGAUGUUGAUACCAGUGUCAAAACAGAAAGAAAACAUAUGCCAGAAACUGAGACCAAAGACACUGAGGAGGCAGUUCCUGCUCCAGAGCUUGAAGUCCAGUUGAAAAAUAAAGGUACUACUGGUUCUCCAUCCAAAUUCAAGCUUCCGACAAUUUCGCUCCCAAAAUUUGACAUUUCAAUUUCAAAGACAGAGGAAGAAUCCCAUGGCAAGGCUGAUGAUGUAGAAAAGUCAGAGAGAAAAGCAACAUCACAACAAAAAGAUUUAGAGAUAUCUAGAGAUACAGAAACUCAAGAUACAGAACCAUCAAAAUUACAUUUUGAAGGCCUACCAGGGGAUGCUGAAAUAAAGGAUAAAGAAACUGAUCAUCAAAGUCAUGGGAGUCGGUUUAUGACAACCAAAUUUGAAUUUUCAUUUCCAAAGCUAAAAAGACCAGAAAGUAAAAAGGGUGCUUCAAAAAUGGUUGACAAUGUAGAAAAACCUGAAGGUACACAUGACAUAGAAAUGGAAAGUCAACCUGUUGAUGGAAAAGCAGAUGUGAACUUGGAAUAUGAGCUUUCUAAACCAGACAUUGAAGCUCCAGAGGUCAAUGUUAUGAAAGAGGAUGUGUCUAUGACAACAGGUGAAGUAGAUGUGAAACAACAUGAGCCUGACAUAAAAACUCAUACAAAGACCAAACGAGGUUCACCAAUCAAGUUCAAAGUUCCCUCAUUCAAACUACCCAAAUUUGGAAGCUCAGCCUCAAAAGUAAAACCUGAAGUAACAGAUGUUACUGGAGAGGCACAUCUUUUAGAGGCUGAAGUUGUACUCACAUCAGUAGACAUUUCAGAUGGAAAAAUUGACCUUACUGUGUCCAAUCAAGACUUGGAUUUUGAGCAGCCAACUGUAGAUACUGGUGACAUUUCUUUACCAGAUACAAAAUCUGGAAAACCUGAGUUUGAAGAUGAAGUACCUCAAGAAUCUGAUUCAAUGGGAAAGAAGACCAAACAAACAGAUUUUUCACUUCCUAAAUUUCAAAAACCUGACAUCUCCACACCAGAAGGCAGCGUAGAUCCAGCAGAAACAAACAUAGACAUAAAAGUGUCACAGAUGGAGUCUGGCCAAAAAGACUCAAUUUUUGGCUCUCCAACAAAGUUUAAACUCCCUUCAAUCAGCUUCCCAAAAUUUGGAGGAAAAUCACAAAAAGUAGCAGUAGAUACUAAAGCAGCAGAAUCAGAAAUAGAGGCCACCAACACAAAAAUUGAUAGUUCUCAACUAGAGGCAGACUUUGAAGUACAUCCAUCCAAUAUUGAAAUUGAAGACACUAAGGGGAGUGCAGACGUACCUGUGGUUGACUCCAAAGGCUUAGAAGUAAAAAAGAAGAGAUCAGGCUUUUCAUUUCCCAAAUUUGGGUUUUCUAAACCAGAAUUAACACCUCCAGAACUUGACGUCAGCGUACAAAAGACUGAUAUAUCCAUACCUGAAAGCAUUGUGCAUGUAACAGAUCAAACAGCAGAAAUUACACUUCCAAUGGUAGGAAUGGAAGCCGAACAGAAAGAUCUUACAAUUGUUGGUUACCCCCCAAAAAUUGAAAUGCCUUCAGUUAACCUCCCAACAUUUGAAGUCAAAACUUCCAAAGAUACAGUUCAUUUAUCAUCAGAAAUUAAUGUUCCUGAACCAGAAAUUAAAGUGUCAGCACAAAUACCAACAACUGACCCAGCAAUAAGAGAAAAGGAGGUUGAUAUGUUUGCCACAGGAGGUAAGGUAGUAAUACCCUCAGCUGAUACUGACAUUCAAUAUAUAUCCAUUGAGGGUAAAGCAGACAUACCUGUAGCCGACUCAAAAGACCUGGAUGUGAAACUGAAAAAACCAAGCUUUUCACUUCCAAAAUUGGGAUUUUCAAAGCCAGAUAUUAAAGAGCAAGAAGCUGAUGUUAGUCAACCAAGGAUUGACGUGUCUAUGGUUGAAGGCAACAUACCUGUUGUAACUGAAAUAAGUUUUCCAGAAACAGGAGAGAUGGAAACCAUUGACACUAAAACAAAUGUGGACAUCAAGAUACCCUCUGUUAAUGUGGACAUUAAAACCAGAGGGGUUGACAUUGAUGAGUCGGAGAUCAAGUUUAAGCUGCCAAAAUUUGGAAUUGGCAUGCAAAAAGUAAAGGAGUCAGAGACGAAAUAUAAAGAAACAGAGACUGGCCCACUAUUGGAAAAUGAGGUACAAGAGCCUGAAGGUGCAAUUCAAGAUGAAACUAUUAAAAGAGAAGCAGACAAUGUUGAAAUGGAAUCUAAAGGGAUAAAGGUUAAACUUCCCAAAAUUGGAUUUUCAAAACAAGAGCUUAAGUCUCCUGAAGUAGACAUUAGUCUUCCCAAAGUUGACAUAGACAUAUCAAUGGGAAUUGCUGAUUCACAACAAUCUGCAGAUAUUGCAUCUCCAGAAAAAGAAACUGAUUUGAAGGAUGAUGCAGUGAUUGGCUCUCCUUCCAAAUUUAAACUUCCAACUUUCAAUUUCCCAAAAUUUGGAAUCAAAUCUUCAAAAAGCACAGUAAAGAGUCCAACAGUAAAUGUAGACGCAGGGCCUGAAGUUAGCCUUCCUGAAGAAAACAUUACAAUAUCAUCAGAAGUACCAACCGUUGAUAUCAAAGAGCCAAAAGUAGAAGUUGAGGAUAUAUCCACUGAGAUAAACAUUAAGGGUAAAAACAUUGAUAAGGAGCAAAAAGAGGGAAAAUUUAAGCUUCCAAAAUUUGGCAUCGGUCUCCCAAAAAUUAAAGGUCCAGAAAGUAAAACCCUCACUGAUUCAGAAGAGAAAGGGGAUUUAUCAGCAGACAUUAAAGAGCCAAUGCUAUCCAGUGAAACAGUGGAAGUGGAUAAAGAGGCUAAAAGUACUGAACUUGACAUAGAAGAAAGUCAAUUAAAACUUCCAAAAUUAAAAAGUCCAGAAAUUGACAUAAAUAUUCCCAAGGUAGAGGUUUCUCACACAGACACUAAAAAAGCUACGCCCUUAAAUGCAGAAGAUCUUGUGGUUGAAGAACCAGCAGGUUUGAGUUCUAAGGAAGUAACUGUAAAAAUAAAAAAGCCAAGCUUUGCAUUUCCAAAAAUUGGAUUUUCAAAAUCAGAUGGCAAGGCCCAAGACAUCCAGGUAAGUGAAUUAACGGCAGAUAUAUCCUUUCCAGAGGGCUCUGUAAAAAUAGAAGAUAGUGAUAAAGAUAUUAAGUCACCAGAAGGUGAAACUGAAAUAACAAGUCCACAAUUUGGCUCUCCAACUAAAUUCAAACUCCCCACAAUAAAAUUACCCAAAUUUGGGCUUUCCGCUUCCACAAAGGUUUCCAAAGGUGAAGUUAAAGGUGAGGAGGUAGAGACACAGAAGAUGGAUCCUUUAGAUGACAAAACUGGAGCAACUGAUACAACCUCUGUUGAUACCAAUAUAAAAGCAAAUUUAGAUAACCAAGAUGGACAAGAUAUCAAAUUUAAACUUCCCAAAUUUGAGAUUUCAUUACCCAAAGUAAAAGGCCCUGAGGUAGGAGUUGCUACAAAAGAGUUAAAGACAGAAGCACCUGAAGUUGGGAUCAGUGAAUCAGACACAAGUGCCCCAAAAGCAGACACAGAUAUACAACAGGGAAGUGCCAGCAUUCAAAAAACAGAGGCAGAGGCAGAGUUGAAAGAUGAUAAAGCUGUUACAGGUUCUCCAAGCAAAUUCAAAUUACCUUCUUUUAAAAUGCCCAAAUUUGGAAUUUCAACUCAAAAAUCAUCUGAUGUAAAAACAGAUGUGACAGAGGCAGACGAACCAAAUAUUAAAACUGACCUAAAUGUUGACAACAAACCUAUAGUUUAUAAAGAUAUACACAUAGAGGGCGAAAUUAAAGAAACUACUGAACAGGGUCAAGAGGUUGCUGUUAAAAAAAAGGAUGGCGAUAAAGGCUCACCGAGUAAAUUCAAACUGCCUAGCAUUAAAAUGCCAAAGAUGAACUUUUCGAGAACAAAAUCUCAGGAUGAAGAUGACACAACAAUAAAGGCCAGUGCUCCAGAAAUAAAAAUAGAACUCAAAGAUGAUUUACAAGGGCCUGAAAAAUCACCUACAUUUACAAGGCCUGCCCAUGGGGAUGGCUUUGAAGUUGAGUUUAAUGUUCCAACACUAGAGGAAAUAGAAACACAUAAGGACAAACUGUCAGAAAAGAAAGAUUCUGAGCCUGAAACCAAAGUUGAGGAAUCAAUAGAACAUAAAGACAAAUCAAAGUUUAAGUUCAAAUUUCCAAAAUUAGGAUUUAGCCAUUCCUUAGAUGAAAGUGAUAAAUUAGACGACACUAAGGUAGAAGAGAGCACAAAGCAUGAUGAGGCUCCAGUAGAUCAAAAAGUAGAAGAUAAUAAAGAACAAUCAAAAACUAAGAAGGGUGGCUGGUUCAAAUUUUCCUCUCCAACCAAAACUGCAAAAGUCAAUAAGAAUGAAACUGUUCAGACACCUGAAGAGGCAGAGAAAAGACCAAUAAAUGAAGAUGUUGAGAAAGAAACUAACAAGGUACCUGAGGAACCUGAAAAGAGCCCAAUGAGUGAGAUUGUGGAGGAGAAUAUUAGCCCAACAUUGUCCAUAAGGUCAUCUGAAGCUUUUGCUGAUAUAAGUUCCGCAUUAAACACUCAGUCUUCCCCUACAAAAGUUAAAGUCAAAUAUGCCGAACCUGCUGCCGCAGUUGGGGUCAACGAUACACAUGUUCAAAGCGAUGUUGUGACUUCCACAGCCAGAUGUGAACUAAUAUCAAUGGAGCCUCACCAGCCAGAGAAAGUAAAUAUCCCAUUCUCGUCCGAUAUGUCCUCAACCUCAGUGGACACUCUUAAACAGAUGUCAGGGGAAAUUCAUGUCAUCACUUCGAAUAUACAAGCUAUACCAGAAACACAGCAAGCGGCAAUCCUUACUAGUUUAGAUGCCCAAGGAAUUCACACCUCGCCUUUAGAAGUUACACUAACAUCGGACUCGGUGUUGACAGUGGAGGAAACCAGGGUGCAAAGUACAAAGCACACUUUGGUAGAAAAGCAUGUUGUGAAAGAGACGUCAAGUGAUGACAAAGCGACCAUAAUUGUGACACGUACAACAGAUGUAUUUGAGGGAGACUCUGCAGAACCUAUUUCUGAUGAGACAGCUUCUUCAAUUCGUAGGCUGAGAGACACAGUGCACAUUGAAAAAAUGAGGUUCUUUGAUAGUGUAGCGACAACUGAAGAAGUUCAAGUAACAAGCUCUGAAAUAUCUUUAAGACAUAUGGAUUCAUCUACUGAGGAGAAUGGGGAGAAGUGAACAUAAGAUUUGGCUGAGAUGUAAAUCAAAUUAGGUGAAUGUAUGCUUUUGAAUGUAUUUGAAUGCAGUUUCUUCUCUAUAAUCAUAUUAGCCGGCUGAAUUGAAAUGCUAUCAAGCAAAAGAGUUGGGGCGGCGCUGACACUUAUCUAUUAACAUACAGUAUCACAAAGUAUUGUUUAGCUUAUAGAUUUUAAGCAUAUGAGAGAUUUCAAAAAUAUAUCAAUUCAAAGAAUAUAUAUAUAUGUACUGGAUAACCUGGAAAAUUAUCAUUUAAUUUGUGGGUUGUUAGUGUGCUGUGUUGUAAAACUUUUAUCUUGGGAAUAUUGUUUACAGUGCAAACAGUGCAAAAGUUAUAUCCAAGCAAACACUAUUUAAACAGAUAUAUUCACAAAUAAAGUUAAUUAUAUAGCAGAUGUGGCUUUUAAAGACAGAAAUUUACUGGCAUUUAUUUCUCUGAGGUUAAAAAAUGUGCAUAUCAAAUCUGUCUCUGCAGCUUUGAAAAAAAUAAAACGAAUUAUGUAAAUAUAUUUUAUUUAGUUGAAAGUCUCUCUGCAUAUUUUAAAAUACAAAUCCUUUUCGUAAUAAGCACUGAUUUUUGCUAAGUGUAUUAAUGUUUUGCUAAGUGUAUUAAUGUUUUGCUAAUCAUAUUAAUGUAAGAGAAACACUUUAACUGGUCACUGCAAAAAGAAUAAAAAGUGAAAUGAU